AUGCUGUCUAUGACGUACAGCGAGAGUCUGCGGAGUGUCAGCAGCAGAUGUCACUCAGACUGGACCCUGCAUCCAGUCCGCCAGACAGACACGGUGGAGCUGCAGCGGCUGAGGGAGGUGCGGGCAGCCGCCCAGGCCAGGAACAUGGAGAGCUUCCUCCGCAUGCACGGCCUUUCCCUGGACGGCUGCACCGCCCAGCGCACAGGCAUGAAGUAUCGGAACCUGGGCAAAUCCGGCCUUCGGGUCUCCUGCCUGGGGCUUGGAACAUGGGUGACCUUCGGGGGCCAGAUCACCGAUGAGAUGGCAGAGCACCUAAUGACCUUAGCCUAUGACAAUGGCAUUAACCUGUUCGACACCGCAGAGGUCUACGCGGCUGGCAAGGCUGAAGUGGUAUUAGGAAACAUCAUUAAGAAGAAGGGAUGGAGACGGUCCAGCCUCGUCAUCACCACCAAGAUCUUCUGGGGUGGAAAAGCGGAGACAGAGAGAGGCCUUUCUCGGAAGCACAUAAUCGAAGGACUGAAGGCGUCACUGGAGAGGCUGCAGCUGGAGUAUGUGGACGUGGUUUUUGCCAACCGCCCAGACCCCAACACGCCCAUGGAAGGGGACCCAUUUAGUUCCUUCAAGUCAAGGACAUUCAUCAUUGAAGAGACCGUGCGGGCCAUGACCCACGUCAUCAACCAGGGGAUGGCCAUGUACUGGGGCACGUCACGCUGGAGUUCCAUGGAGAUCAUGGUCCUUCCAAAAUUGUCGUCUUCCAUCGUCCACGAGAUCGAUAGCAUUCUGGGCAAUAAACCCUACAGCAAAAAGGACUAUAGAUCCUAAGUUACCCCCACCACCUGCUCGGACAGUUUCCAGUCCCCUCCUCGUCUCUGUUCGCUCGCUUCUGCUGUUUCAAAGCCAAAUGCAGAGUGUGGUUCGUAUCCCAGGGGAAAACACUAUGCCCAGACGUUACCAGGAAAGGAUCUCCAAAGUCACCGCCAGAUGCCACCUACCGCUUCUUCACUGGAUACUACCUGAUGGGUGCCAGGAGAUGGCAUUGAUUAGGGGAGACAUUCUGCCUCUGUUUAUUUUUCAAGAAGGAACAUUUGCCCCCAGCCAUGGCCCUCCGUGGAGAUUCCAGAAGUCAUGGCCAAGUGGAGAUCUAAUCCUUGGAGCAGGCAGGGCUGGCCUCUCUGCCAAGAACCCCUGCCUCUGAAGAGGGGUCUGCCACUUCCCAGCACCCCUUCUUCUUCCAGAUCCUGGUUGUUAGGGCAGGGCCUCCCUCUUUCCAUGGACACCAGGCACUUUGUCCGAGGCUAGCCUGGGGUCUCAAUCUUCCCAGACCUUGACACGUCCCACAUGCCCAGUGGGCCUUGGCUGGGAUUAUACCUACCUAGCUGGCCCUUGGCCCCCACCCUUACCCUUGCUGGCAGGGGCAAGGAUCCCAGCUGGCUUUCCCAGCGUCUUCCACCCUACAUGCAUCUGCUGAGUCCCACAGCAGGGAAGCCCAGCAGGCUUGGAUGGAGCCCACUGGAGUAUGCCCCUCUGUCAAGAGCUGUAGACAAGCGUGGCAUCUGGCCACACCACAGGCAGGUGGCUGCAGACUGGGCCCGUGCUCACAAGACCGUAUUCCUCUCAGACCUUCCUCUAAUACCUCUGCUGUACUGGAGCAGAGGGCUUGUGUCUUGGGCUCUGCACAGAAAAGGCACGUAAGCUUUUCAGUGAGGGAGCUCCCCGGGGUUCCUAUUGCUGCAGGCUAAGGGACUGGGGGAACAGAACUCCAGGAACAGACCCCAAGAAAAGAUCCCCAGGGACCUCUCCCUGAAAAGAUGGCCAAGACUACUCAUUCUCUGCCGCAUACCAUCGUGCUGGCCUAGGAAGGAUGGGGAGAGGGGGAAAGGACAGGACAGGCAGCCCCUUAGCAGUGGGAGCUAGGCGGAUGGUGGUGCCAGGUAGCCUGCAGGUUUGAGCAAUGCAUGCUGCCUGGAGGCCCAGUCCCAUGGUCCUGUGAUGCUUUGGGGACAGGGUCCUACCCAUGUGUGCCAGCUAGCUCCCUAGAAGACCCAAGCCUCCUGCCCUGGACAGGCAGGGGCCAGUUCCCAGGCAUGUACCCUGGAGGCACAGCAUCCGGCUUCUCUUCUGUAGCUGCUGUUCCAAGCCUCCUCCCUGCCGCUCCUCACCAGCUGUUGUCCAACCAGAGCUGGGCAGAAGCUUGGACAUGGUGGGGAUGGAUGGAAGAGACAGGAAGAAAGGCAGGCAGGGUGGGAAGCUUCCUCUCUCACACGUAAUACCCCCUGCAGACCCUGGGCUCUCAGACCUUCACCACUGCUCAUAGCCCCAAGCCCUGAGACCUCAGAAGCAGCCCUGUGGGUGUGGGGAUGGAAGCCACUAGGCUCUGAAACCUCCAUACCUGGCUAGAGGAGCCUGCUUCCAGGACAGGGCCCUGCAGUGGCCCAGCAGGAACUAGCCAGCCCUGUAUAUGCAGCUGGCCUUGGCCCUGCUUGCUACAUGGACCAGGCAGCAGGGAUGCCCACAGCCACACCUCAGAGCUAAGCUCCUUCAAAAGAGACAGGAAGACAGGCUGCAUGGUGAACCGGGCUACAUGAGCCCUAGAUGCAGGCAGCCUUCGGGAUGACAUUUUAACCACGUGUUUGAGAUGUUUUCUUCCUUCUGAGGAGUUGGGGCUUUGCUUAAGGACAGGGUCACUCGCCUCCAUGGAGGGGUUUGGGUAAGAUGGUCUUAGGAGACCACCAAAGACCUGUGCAGGCAGCUUAUUAAGGGGGAGCUUGCCCCUGGUCCUUGAAGGGUCUAAGGCCAGCUCCUUCCUCCAUGGCCACAGAUCUCCCCUUCCUCUGGCCCCAGCUGCCUACUGGUCAGUCCCAGCCAGCCUCCAGCACCUUCUCCCCUUGAAGCACAGCCAGCCGGGCCUGGUGCAGGAGGGGGCUGUUUGAGGGAUCUGACGCAUGGAGCCCUGCUGUUGCUCACCCCAGACCCAAGGUCCUGAGGCUCGGCAGGGCACCUGUGUGCCCUGUUCUCAUCCAUCAUGUACAUAAUGUGCUUUCUCUACCCGUUUUUUAAUGAGCGCGGCUCCUUGCUAAUUGCACCCCACCAGGCCGACCGCAAGCGCCUCCAGCUUCCUGACAGACUCUCCAAGGUGCAGCCCGUAUUUAUGGAAUGACAAAUAAAACCCGAGCCCUUCCGUC